GUUGCAGGUAAACCUAUCAAAUAUCAAUGUUGAUUUAUCAUCAAAUCCUGAUCUGUCUUCCGUACAAGGAUAGCGUGGUGAAUUUAAAACUAUUCGCAGGCUAAUCUAAUAUUUCCUCCACAAUUUAAAAUAUAGUCACUGCUACUAUAACUCACUAUAACCCGAUGAAUACAUAUGUUAACACGAACAUUUUUAAUUAAACCGUUCAUGGUGAAUAGUUACAUAAUAAUACUAUUGAGAACAUAUUAUAAAGAUUAUUAUUUAUUACCUUUUGGUCAUAACUCAUUGCCAUACCUUUCACCCAUUCAUUCAUCAUUCAUCACCAACCUUAAAAAAACACAGGAGUGGUUCUCUCUUGAUAACACGCUUCAUCACGCGUGUAUUAAGACAUUAAGUGGGUCUUAGUUGGACCGGUUAGUACAUUGGUAUGCACCUAUGGAUAAUAUAAUAUUACAUCGUAUUACCUAUGUAUAAUAGAAUACAGUUAUCACAGGAAAAACCAUGUCGAGCUUCGCAACCGUGUUGAUUGCGUUUUGCACGUGGUCAUCGCUACUCCAACGAACACCUGUUGAUGCCGCGAAUAUCCUGGCAGUGCAGACGAUCCCCGGCAAGAGCCACUGGAACGUGAUGCGGGCUGUACUCCGGGUAUUGACUGACCGCGGACACACCGUAACCGUGUUCACGCCGUUUAUAGACGGUGACCGGGAUGGUUACACCGAGGUUGAUGUGUCCGAGCAAAUGGGACCGCAACUCGACGUAAACGCCACGUUCUUGUUUGAACAUUUCGACACUACAUGGAAACUAAUGACGAACAUGGCGAGAGUCACCCGCGCGAAUUGCAAUACGAUUUACAGUAAUCCGCAAAUGAUGAGCAUUUUAAAAAGCGCUGCAGUGAGGGAAUUUGAUUUGGUCAUCACCGAACCACUGGUGUCCGAGUGCGUGGCAUACGUGGCCACCGUACUUCGCAUUCCCAUGGUGUACGUCGUUCCACCGCCGAUCAUCACGUACCUGGAACUUCCGUUGACCGGUCACGUUUCGAAUCCGGCGGCCGAGGGACACAUUCUGUCCGGUUACGGCGUUCCCGUAACGUUCGCUCAGCGUUUCGCCAACGCGAUGCUGACGGUGUACUGUUCGAUGUUCAAGUGGUACGUCGAACGACAGCUUCGACUUGCCGACCCUCAACCGUACGACGCCGUAGACCUCGUCAGGCCGUCGAUAAUUUUCACCAACACGCACUUCAUAACCGAACCGGCUAGGCCGGUGACGCCGGACAUCGUCCAGAUUGGCGGUAUUCAUUUAAAACCACCAGAACCGAUACCGAAGGACAUUUUGGAAUUUAUUAACGAUGCGCCUCAUGGAGUGAUUUACUUCUCGUUUGGUUCGGUGGUAUCGAUGUCGUCGUUACCGGAAAAUGUUCAGAACGCGUUCCAAAAGGCGCUCGCUCGAGUUCAGCAAAAGGUGUUGUGGAAAUACGAAGGAGAAAUGGAAGACAAACCGAAGAAUGUAAUGACGAGGAAAUGGUUUCCGCAACGUGACAUACUUUUGCAUCCCAAUGUGAAACUGUAUAUCAGUCAUGGGGGAAUAUCUGGAGUGUACGAAGCUGUGGACGGAAGUGUGCCCGUAAUAGGUUUUCCCAUUUACUACGACCAACCAAGAAAUAUUGACAAUCUGGUGAAUGCUGGUAUGGCAAUCUCUAUGGACCUGUUAUCUGUUACUGAAGAAACAUUUUUAAACGCCGUUUUGGAGAUUGUCAACAAUGAUGGGUAUCAGAAAAAUGCUAAAAUAGUUUCUGAACGGUUCAAAGACCGACCUAUGUCACCUGUGAACUCAGUAGUUUACUGGACUGAGUACGUUUUACGUCAUAAUGGCGCGCCACAUUUAAAAUCUCAAGCACUAAAUCUGACGUGGUAUCAGUAUUUUUUGAUUGAUGUAAUAAGCACAUUUUUAUUCAUUGUAUUUGUCGUGUUAUUCAUAAUUUAUCGUGUCUCAAAAAUGAUUUGUAAACACUUUUUGAUAUUUAUUUAUAAACGCAAAUACUUCGAAGCAUCUCAGAUUUUAUUUGUAGUAUUGAUGUCGCGUUUAAUCUAUCUGACUCCAAAGUUGAACGAUUUUACUCUUUUCAAUGCUGAAAACGACCGCUCUGCUGUACAAUUUGUUGCAAACGUGUACAAAUAUAUACGUAACGCUGUUGUGACGUUUGGCAGCAGUCCGCUUGAAGAGCAGAACUGGAUUUUUGACAUAUUGAUUGCGUUUUGUGUAUGUCAAGUACUGCAACCGUCGCAACACCAGUGGAAGUCGGUCAGAGCGGCAAACAUACUUGCGGUGCAUACGAUCCACGGUAACAGCCACUGGCACGUAAUGCGGGGCGUUCUAAGAGCGCUGACGGACCGCGGCCAUACCGUGACCGUGUUCACACCAAUCGUGGAUGGUGACCGGGACGGUUACACGGAAGUGGAUGUUUCCGGUAACAUGAGUGCGAGGAUCGGGUUAAACGAAUCACAGGUGACGAGUUAUCGGUCCACAAGGGCGAUUAUGACUCACAUCGCAAGUUCGGGUCGUACCAACUGCGGUAUUGUAUUCAACCACCCAAGGAUGCGAGAAAUCCUGGAUCACCACCAGUUGCGAUUAUUCGACGCGGUGGUCGCCGAGGCAAUUGAGUUGGAUUACGUAUCGUACGCGGCUACCAUUUUACGUGUACCUUCCAUAUACGUUGUCCCACCACCUAUUGUCACGUACUCGGAGCGUAUGUUCUUCGGGCACGUCCCCAACCCAGCAGCUGUCUCUAACUUACUGUUCCAGCACGGAGUUCCUAAAACGUUUUUUGACCGCUUUGUCAACGCUUUACAAACGGUUUACGGUUCAUGGUGGUUAUGGCGAGAAGAACAGAGGCUCCGAAAAUCCAACCCACAACCAUUCGACACCGUACAACUGGUAAAACCAUCGCUGAUUUUCACCAACACGCAUUUCAUUACCGAACCUUCCAGACCGUUGCCGCCAAACGUUGUGCAAAUUGGUGGCAUACACCUGAACCCGCCAGGAUCAAUACCGAAGGAUAUUUUAGAAUUUAUUGACGACGCUCCUCAUGGUGUGAUUUACUUCACCUUUGGUACGGUGAUUUCAAUGUCAUCGUUACCAGAAAAUGUUCUAAACGUGUUUCGAGAAUCCUUCUCUCAAAUUCCACAGAAGGUGUUGUGGAAAUACGAAGGUGAUAUGAAAAACAUAUCGAAGAAUGUGAUGACACGGAAGUGGUUUCCACAACGUGAAAUACUUUUGCAUCCAAAUGUGAAACUGUUUAUCAGUCAUGGAGGCAUAUCCGGAGUGUACGAAACUGUGGACGCUGGUGUGCCUGUACUGGGAUUUCCGUUUUUCUACGACCAACCGAGAAACAUUGACAACCUUGUCAACGCCGGAAUGGCGAUUUCUAUGGACAUAGAUUCUGUAAAUAAAGAUACGUUUUUAAAGGCUGUUUUAGAAAUUGUCAACGAUGAAAAGUAUCGGAAAAACGCUAAAAUCGCUUCUGAACGGUUCAAAGACCGACCUAUGUCACCAGCUGAUUCUGUUGUUUAUUGGACUGAGUACGUUUUACGUCAUAAUGGUGCUCCACAUUUGAAAUCUCAAGCUUUAAAUCUGACAUGGUAUCAGUAUUUUUUGGUUGAUGUAAUAAGCACAUUUUUAUUCAUUGCAUUUAUCGUGUUGUUCAUAUUGUAUCGUGUCUCAAAAAUGAUUUGUAAACACUUUUUGAUAUUUGUUUAUAAACGCAAAAUCAAGAGUUCGAAUUUCGGGGCCCAACUGAUCGCGUUUUGUGCCUGUUUAGCGCUGUUCUUGAAGUGGACGCCGGUUGGUGCUGCUAAUAUCCUAGCAGUACAGCCGAUCGCAGCAAAGAGCCAAUGGAAUGUGCUGCGGGCCGUGCUACAGGCGUUGACUGAUCAUGGCCACACCGUAACCGUGUUUACACCAUUUCCGGAUGGCGACCGAGACGGUUAUACUGAAAUAGACGUUUCUGGAGACUUGGAGACGAGAAUUGGAUUAAACGCGUCGCUGAUUAUGGAUAGUCAAUCUAUGUCGACAGUAGUUAAACUUAUUGUGAACAUGACCCGGGCCGGUUGCAGAACUGUGUUUAAACACCAGCAAAUGCAAAAAAUUUUUGACUGCAAGUCACAGGUGUUCGACGUGGUAGUAGCUGGGACAGUCUCCUUGGAUUAUGUGUCAUACGUGGCCACCGUCCUCCAAAUUCCAGCCAUAAACGUCAUAUCGUCAUCGGUCGUCCUCCACUCAAAACGUUCUUUCUUUGAACACUUUCAAAAUCCCACAACUACUUCCAGCUUCUUGUUCUGGCGCAGUGUUCCUAAAACUUUCGCUGACCGUUUUGCCAAUUCGCUGCAUUUAAUUUACAGUUUGUGGUUGUUAUGGCGGGAAGAACGAUGGCAUCGGCAAAUCGAACCGCAAUCUUUCGACGCUGUGGAUCUGGUCAAACCGUCGUUAACUUUUACCAAUACGCACUUGAUCACCAAACCUUCUAGUCCGCUGUCGCCAGAUGUCGUACAAAUCGGUGGCAUACAUUUGGCCCCGCCAAGAUUGAUACCGAAGGAUAUUUUAGAAUUUAUUGACGACGCUCCUCAUGGUGUGAUUUUCUUCACCUUAGGCUCGAUGAUUUUAAUGUCAUCGUUACCAGAAAAUGUUCUAAACGUUUUUCGAGAAUCCUUCUCCCAAAUUCCACAGAAGGUGUUGUGGAAGUACGAAGGUGAUAUGAAAAACAUAUCGAAGAAUGUGAUGACACAGAAAUGGUUUCCACAACGUGAUAUACUUUUGCAUCCAAAUGUGAAACUGUUUAUCAGUCAUGGAGGCAUAUCUGGAAUGUACGAAACUGUGGACGCUGGUGUGCCUGUACUGGGAUUUCCGUUUUUCUACGACCAACCGAGAAACAUUGACAACCUUGUUAACGCCGGAAUGGCGAUUUCUAUGGACAUAAAUUCUGUAAAUAAAGAUACAUUUUUAAAGGCUGUUUUAGAAAUUGUCAACAAUGAAACGUAUCGGAAAAACGCUAAAAUCGCUUCUGAACGAUUCAAAGACCGACCUAUGUCACCAGCUGAUUCAGUAGCUUAUUGGACUGAGUACGUUAUACGUCAUAAUGGUGCGCCACAUUUAAAAUCUCAAACUUUAAAUCUGACGUGGUAUCAAUAUUUCUUGGUUGAUGUAAUAAGCACAUUUUUAUUCAUUGCAUUAAUCGUGUUGUUCAUAAUUUGUCGUGUCUCAAAAAUGAUUUGUAAAUACUUUUUGAUAUUUGUUUAUAAACGCAAAGUAAAAUCUGAAUAAAUUGAACGCAA